AUGGGCUCAUCAGAAACCCCUCUCAAGCUUCCCAUCACAGAUUUUUCCAAGCAAGCCCUCACUCUAGGCUCCAAAGAGUGGGAAACAGUGAGAACCCAAGUCCACAAUGCACUGGAAGAGUAUGGUUGCUUCGAAGCUUUGUUUUACAAAGUCCCUCAACACUUUCGAAAGUCCAUAUUUCAAUCAAUGGAAGAACUUUUCAAUCUCACUUUACAAACCAAAAUGCAGAAUGUUUCCAAAAAAACCCUACCUUGGCUAUGUUGGCCACCCCAUGGUGGCACUAUAUAUGAGAGCAUGGGGGUUGAUGUUGUCAACGUCUAUGAACAAGUUCAAAGCUUGAUAAACACCUUGUGGCCUCAAGGAAACCCAAGCUUCUGGUACUCAACUGGAUUGUUCUCUGUCCCUAAGGAAGGGUACAUAAUAAAAGCCCCAGAUGAGGUUGUGGAUGAAGAGCACCCUUUGAUCAUGCUCAAUUUCUUGACUUCUGUAAUUCAGAUGCUGGCAAGAGAGCUCCCUCUGCUUUGA